AUUGUUUCUGACGUUGCCAUUGAACACGGAAUUAUAAUUUAUUUAUGAAUGUUUGUAGUAUCUGUCUUGUGGGAAUCGGCUUAGAGACCCCGAACAUCAUAGGUGCAAACUGAGAGCGUUUGUUAGCAGGAAAGAUAAUGUUUGUGCACAGAGAACUUCAAAUUUAACCAAGGUUAUGGCUCACAGGGAAGUGAAGGAGGCCUUUGUGAGUAAUCUCAACGGGACCAGUUUGGGAGAGGUGGUGCUGGGCUCAUUUCUCGCCCCAGUUUGUCUCGUCCACAGGGCGUUCAUCUUGGUCCUCUACUACCAGGCCAAAGGGACUCUGCCGCUGCCGCUUCCACCCGUUUCCCAUCUACUCCUUGACUUUUCGCUGCUGGUUCUCCCCCUUGUGUUAUCGUGUACGCUUCUCAGCGACAUUCUUUCCCAGGUCAUCGUGUGCCUAACUGUUAUUUUAGCUUGCGUGUUCUGCUUCAUCUACCAAAUUAGCUUCCGCUCCUCUGCUCUGCAGCCGCAGAAGAUUUUCAGCAACUUUCUUCAGAGUCGCAUUCAGUUCGACCAGGUUCCCUUCGUCACCCUCUUCAGAGUGUUUGUAAACAUGAAGACCGCCAUCAGCAUCCUCGCCGUAGACUUUAGCGUCUUUCCAAGACGAUAUGCGAAGACGGAAACCUACGGGACAGGGGUUAUGGACUUUGGAGUCGGGGCGUUUGUUUUUGCAAAUGCUCUCGUCAGUCCCGAGGCGCGGAGGAAGAGCAUUUCUGGAUCCAAGAUUAGCCAUAUCACAAAGCAGAUCCUGUCUGUUUGGCCCCUGGUUGCUCUUGGGUUGGCGAGACUGGUGAGCAUCAAAAUGACCGGCUAUCAUGAACACGUGACAGAAUACGGCAUCCACUGGAAUUUCUUCUUCACCCUGGCCAUCGUUAGAGUUCUGGCUUCUGCUCUUUUAGUUGUUUUACCAGCUGGACUGUUGUGGCUUUUUGCUCUACUGAUGAGUGGGUUUUAUCAGUUCUUUCUGGAAACAUCUGAGCUAAAGACCUUUCUAAUGCACAAUAAUGACAGAGAGAAGGACUUUGUGCAUGCUAACAAGGAAGGCAUAUUCUCAAUAGCGGGCUAUGUUGCCAUCUACCUAGCAGGGGUUCAGAUUGGACUCUAUGUGAUGCAGCCGAGAUCUCAAGUCAAAGAUUGUCUGAAAAUGCUUUUUAUCCUCUUUAUAGGCAGCUUGCUGUCAUAUGCUGCUUUGCUGACGUGUCAGGCGCUGGUGGAGCCGGUCUCUCGCCGCUCUGCAAAUUUACCCUUCGUCAUCUGGAGCGUUGCUCAGUCUUUGUUUUUCAUGUCCUGCCUCGGCCUGGCUGAUAUGGUCAUCCUGUUCUCUAAGGGAGCAUCCUCCUGCCGCUUUCUGCCGUCGUCAAUGAAUUUCCAAGAAAAUGUCGCAGAGUCUGAGGCUUACCAAAACAGACGUGUCACAGAUGGACUCUGCCUCAUCCAGGCUGUCAGCAGGAACCAGCUGCUCUUUUUCCUGCUCGCCAACCUCAUGACCGGAGUGACCAACUCUGUGGUGGACACACUCAGCUGCAGCAGUUUAUUUUCUGUGUGUGUUUUACUGGUGUACAUGUUCACAAACUGCCUUGUUAUCUAUGUUUUACAUAUCUGUGGAAUUACAGUGAAAUUCUGGUAAAUGUUGGAUAUGCAAACUGUUUUUGUUUAUAUGAGGCUGAAAUGACUUGCAACCAAAAUGUAAAACAGCAGGAAACAUUCAAAUGUGGUAAAACUAUUUAAUAUUUAUGGAGAUUAGUUUGAACUAUUUCACAGCAGGAAUGGUGCAUCUGUGUUGAUAUGUAGUGUUAGUUUCCCAAAACAUAAGGUUCAAGUUAAUUUGGCUCUUAUCUGACUGCACCUUCUUCCAAAAGUGAACUGUUCCCCCUGCAUGACUUGUGAUAAAGUGCAAUUAGAGCUUUGUUUGCAUUUCUUCUUUAAUCUCAGUCUGUUCUCCACUAAGGCAGCCAGGAACAGAGGAGUGCAUGAUGUACAUUUGAUCUGCUGACAGAUUGUCUCACCAGAGUGCUGCAUCUUUGCAGCAAUAAUUGUCUUG